AAAGUUACUCGAUCAUUUACAGUUGCUUUGCAUCAAUGACGCGCCAGUGUCGGAAAUGCUUCGUGUUAUUAUAGAAAUUUUAGGUGAAGAGAUGAUGGCGUCCAGCAAAGUGGCUGAGCUUUUUAAUAUUGCUAUAACUUUUAAUGACCAUUAUGAGUCAUUACCGAAAAACUUAAAGGUCUGCAGCUGUCUCGUGCAGUUUCUAACGCAAACCUCUCUUGGCUCCGGUAAUCAUAAUAAUAACGACGUAAGCAGCCCUCAAAGCGCCGUUGCUAUUUGCACAAUGCACACCUCUAAAGGGCUUGAAUGGGAAGUCGUGUUUAUUCCGGACUGCGAGGAAAAUAUUAUUCCUCAUCGCAGCAAUGCAAAUAGUGAGGAGGAACGCAGACUUUUAUACGUCGCUUCUACUCGUGCUAUGUCGCGCCUGUUUAUUUCGUUCGUCUCGCACUUCCUCUACGGAACAAAAAAUUAUCACCUAUUAUUAUUCGCCAUAUAUUAUCUCUACCGCCUUCACCCAUGCUGUAAAAGUAGAAAAGGAGCAGAAACAGGUUUAUUGUAUUGCUUUACGCCUACAGUCGUAAAAAAAGGAUAA